UUGGCCAGGAAGGAAAGAGGAAAGAAGCAACAAGAGCAAGACCGACGCGCUUUUCGGCGAGAAAGAUGAUGUCCCUUGCUGCCCGUUCGGGGGCCUUUUCCCCAUACUUGCAGGCGACGAAUUUUGCUGUGGCUGGACCACUGAAAGCCCUUGUACCUGGAGUUAUUGUGAAAACCGAGCAUGUGAAUUUAGAUCUGAAAAAGUCGUUUCUCACCCGCGAGUCCUUAAACGGCCAGAGUGCCACGACUGGGCCUGCUAUCUCAGUCAGCAUCAAUGCCCGGGCUGGAGUUCGCUUUGCUCACACAGACAUCAAGAUCCCUGACUUCUCAGAUUACCGCCGCCCUGAUGUGAUGGAUCCAAACAAAUCCUCCCAGGACAGCAGUGAGUCCCGGCGAGUCUUCUCCUACAUUCUCACUGGGUCCACGGCUGUGGUGGGAGUCUAUGCUGCCAAAACCGUUGUCACCCAGUUUGUCUCCUCCAUGAGUGCCUCAGCCGACGUCUUGGCGUUGUCAAAGAUCGAGGUCAAACUCGGAGACAUCCCAGAGGGCAAGAACAUGACCUUCAAGUGGAGAGGAAAGCCUCUCUUUGUUCGCCAUCGCACAGAAAAGGAGAUCGCCACAGAGGAAGCUGUGAAUCUGGCUGAGCUCCGAGACCCUCAGCAUGACAAGGACCGUGUGCAGAACCCAUCUUGGGUUAUCGUCCUCGGUGUGUGCACCCACCUCGGCUGUGUGCCCAUUGCCAACGCUGGUGAAUUUGGGGGCUACUACUGCCCUUGCCACGGCUCCCACUACGACGCAUCAGGCCGCAUCAGAAAGGGCCCUGCCCCACUCAACCUGGAGGUCCCGUACUACGAGUUCCCAGAUGAAGAAACCGUUAUUGUCGGAUAGAAUGUUGGACUGAUGAUUUCUCCUGUGAGCAGUAUAUCUGAUCUGCCUUCUUUUUCUCUGUUCUGAUACCAUCUUUUUCAGAUAGUUCUUGGGAAUGGGAUUGGGCUGCUGAUAACCUGUAAUAAAUGUACAUUUUACCCAUA